AUGCGUCCACAGCUCGCUCCAGUGUCGACUCCAGCCCCAGAGCUCUCUCCAGUGUCGGGUCCAGCCCCAGAGCUCUCUCCAGUGUCGACUCCCGCCCCAGAGCUCUCUCCAGUUUUGACUCCCGCCCCAGAGCUCUCUCCAGUGUCGACUCCAGCCCCAGAGCUCUCUCCAGUGUCAGGUCCAGCCCCAGAGCUCUCUCCAGUGUCGACUCCAGCCCCAGAGUUCUCUCCAGUGUCGACUCCCGCCCCAGAGCUCUCUCCAGUGUCGACUCCCGCCCCAGAGCUCUCUCCAGUGUCAGGUCCAGCCCCAGAGCUCUCUCCAGUGUCAGGUCCAGCCCCAGAGUUCUCUCCAGUGUCGACUCCAGCCCCAGAGCUCUCUCCAGUGUCAGGUCCAGCCCCAGAGCUCUCUCCAGUGUCAGGUCCAGCCCCAGAGCUCCCUCAGGUGUCGACUCCAGCCCCAGAGCUCUCUCCAGUGUCGACUCCAGCCCCAGAGCUCUCUCCAGUGUCAGGUCCAGCCCCAGAGCUCCCUCCGGUGUCGACUCCAGCCCCAGAGCUCUCUCCAGUGUCGGGUCCACCCCCAUCGGUCUCGGCACCAUCGGUUCCGUCUAGGACCUCUGGAUCUUCCCCGUCACCUUGGUUCUCCGUCUCCACCUCUGGAUCCUCCUCCACCUGCUCUGCCACCAUUGGUUGGCCCCCUGGAGUCAGUGGCCAUUCCUCCUCCAUGGCUCCUCCCACCAUUGGCUCCACCGUGGGCUGUUAUGGCUGUGGCCUGGGUCCUGCUGGGUUGCUCCAGCUACUGGUCCCUCCUGUCUCCUCCCUCCAUCAUCUCCUCCCUCCGUGGUCUCUGUCUGCUGGCCCCCUCCUGGGAGUCCGUCCCCCACUGGAACCUCCCAAGUUCCCACCCACGCCUCCAUUCCCUAUAUGACCUGUGUGACCCAGGUGUAUUCCUGCCGGCAGCGUUUUGUGACAGUAUCCUAAUUCUUUUUUUUUAAUUAUUAUUCUCAUGUUAUUAAUAAAUCUAUAUAUACACAAUUGAUUACACAUUUUUAGUAAUUCAUUACUUUUAGAAAAUACUUCAGAAAUCACACAAAACCAUAUAAAACAGCAC